UGUUCACACAGGCAGUUUUUUUAUAUUAAAAAACACCUGACCCGGGCGGUUUUUUGCCAACUAAAAAACUGACAGGGUGGUUUUGUCAAGUUCACUCUCGAGCAGAAUGUUCUAGAGCCAACGUUGCAAAUCAGUUACCGCAUCAAAGUGGUUUGACUACGCUACAGUGUCAGUUACAAUGUCGAGGAUGAGAAAAUUAGCCCUUGUUUUGGCGUUAAAUGACAACGACGAGGAUAACGAUGAACCUUCCCGUUUGUGGGUGCAUGACAUAAACCGGGGACGGCAGCAGUACGGGGCGUUUCAUAGUUUGAUUCAGGAGCUACGGUUUGAUAAUGCACGGUUCAGUGCAUAUUUCAGACUCGACAAGAGUCAAUUUGAAACCUUGUUGCGCAUCGUUGCGCCUUCAAUAAUAAGGCAAGACACCCACAUGAGGCAAGCCAUCAGUCCAGAGGAACGACUCAGCAUUUGUUUAAGGUAUCUGGCAACUGGCGAUUCAUUCCGGUCCAUCGCUUUCGCCUUCAGGGUGGGUGUCAGCACUGUGGCAGGCAUAGUUCAUCAGGUCUGCACAGCUAUUUGGGAUUGCCUCCUGCCAGAUUACAUGCCUAUUCCAGACAAAGCAGCGUGGAGAAAGAUCGCCACUGGAUUCCAACAGCUGGAUUUCCCCAACUGCCUAGGGGCAAUGGAUGGGAAACACGUAGUCAUUGAGGCUCCUCCCUCCAGUGGCACUCUUUAUUACAAUUACAAAGGCACUUUUUCCAUCGUCCUUCUGGCUGUAGUCGACGCCAGGUACUGUUUCAGGCUUGUUGACAUCGGGGCCUAUGGAAGAAACAGUGAUGGGGGAACCCUCUCCUCCUCCGCUUUUGGUACUGCCCUACGGCAGAACACAUUGGGUAUCCCGGAUGACUCCAUCCUCCCAGGGGCAGAACAUCUUGGCCCGAUGCCUCAUGUGUUUCUGGCAGACGAAGCCUUCCCCUUGCGCCGUAACAUCAUGCGCCCAUACCCUGGCUACAACACUGGAGAAAAAAAAGUGUUUAACACCCGUCUCUCUCACGUGCGCAGAAUGGUCGAGUGUGCGUUUGGCAUACUGGCAUCCCAAUGGAGAGUGUACCGUCGGGUGCUGUGUGUCUCUCCAGAAGUGGCAGAGAACGUGGUAAAGGCCACCUGCAUGCUCCAUAACUUUCUGAGGUGGGAUGCCAGCACUACAAUACCGGCUAGGUCAUCUACUGGAACAUCCACAGCUGAGCCAUCACAAGGUCUCCAGAACGCACCUCGCCUUGGCACCAACAAUGCUGGCAGAGAUGUUGUGGCAGUGAGGGAGAAGUUUGCUCAGUACUUCAUGUCUGAAGCUGGACGAGUUCCCUGGCAGGAUAACAUCUAGGCACAAACAUAUAUGUUUAUUUA